GACACACAAUGCUGCCUUUGUUGUAUACAUUACUGUGCGCGCAAAUGCAUCACAUGUUCGCCGACUUGCCAUUCUACCCUGAAAUUGAUGCCACACUUCAAUGCUACCAGGAUCUCAGCACGUGUUCCCUUGACAAGACGGAGUGGAGUCUCGUGUACAGAAACUUUCACGAUGACGUGUACUUCGGAAGUAUAAAAUGUAUCAGGUUUCGUGACCUCAGACUCGACGCAGACUAUGCCUCGCCGAACCUCUCGCUAAGUGGAAACUUCACCACAACCCAUGUGAUCAUCCUUGAUUCUUCCUGGAACUAUACAGCCAAGAACUUAAUAAUCACUGAUACGAAUGAAUUACACAGCAUUGUGGAAGUGCACGUCAUAUUUAGAGACUGUGAAUUAUGCAUGGUACUGCGACACCCGUAUGCUAAUAACGGUUUUGGAUGUACCUAUUGGCGUAGCUUCAACAGAAUACGUCAGCAAGCCGAAGGUUGCGAGUUCAUCUACGAUGAACUGUGCGGCACAACCCCAAAGUACGACCUUUACGAUCCGACAUGCGCUCCAGUGACGUUUUCCAUACACUCGUGGGAGCCUGUAACCCCACCGCCGCCAUCGCCACCACCAACUACGACACCCACUGAUACGCCACCAAACGAACAUCCUGGUCACCAAAACCCAUGGGAUAUAUUGAACCCAUGGCAGCAAUUGAAGCCAUGGAAACAAUGGAUCCCAGGAAACCCAAGUAACAAAUGGAACCCAUGGAAUCAAUGGAACCAAGGCAACCAGGGGGGCCAAGGAAACCAAGACAACCAAGGCAACCAAUGGAAGCCGGGGCAGCUAUGGAGCCCAUUGACGGACGUGGUGGAAGGAGUGACUGGGCCUCUUCAGUCAGUGCUGAAUCCAUUAAUAGGCAAGUAAUAUUGCCAAUGCAGUAAUUGACUACGACUAGAGAACAAUAUAUAUGUAAAUCAAUAUAUUAUCGAACAGCAAGGCAUACAAAGUCCACCACUCCUCCCGCCAUACGGUACAAAACGUAGGACCCGACAAUGAGGAUGCCCGUUAUAUUGUAUGAUUCUUUACUAAUAAACGUUGACCUUUAGGCUUUACGUUCUCA